CCUUGACCUGAGAAUACCGAAUAACUGUGGACUGUGGUCCUCUUUUCCUUUCAGCUUUCCAAGAUUCUGGUUACUGGCCUGCCACGUCACCAUCCAUCAAUAUCCGUACUUUUUAAGCUCCAUGAUAUGCUGAAAAUGAAUCCUCUUCUGGGGAUUUCUUAGCCGCCACCCAGAAAUCUUACCUACGGACAGCGGAGUAAUAUUUGCUGCUACAACUAGGCCCGACGCAGCUAGUGUAAUGCUAUUCUACAAGUGGAGUAAGUAAAGUAUCGGGAAAGAUUUUAACUUUUUUGGGAUUUCUAUUUGAGGGUGAAGUCUUGAAGAUGCAUUGAGUACUUAAAACAAUGAGAGCAUUUCGGGACCACAUGGAGAAGUUGGAGGAGCAAAAAGCUGCAAAUGAUGCUGCAGUGAGAGCAGAAGCAAAAAGGAAAGAGUGUGAUAUUUUCCCUGAACCACCACCAGCAGUGCAUGCAUCUUCCAGUGAGGGAUUUCCCCACUAUGAUGGAGAAGAGAUCCCGGGUGGUGGUAGUUUGAGUACAUAUGGAAUGUCACGGGCAGAUCCUACGCCCCCUUGUACAAGUUUUUUGUUGAAUAACAAUUCAGAUGAAGAGUUGAGAAUGAGAAAUAACAGAAUUUCCAACCCAGAGUCAGUUAGCUGCUCUAUCACCCAUGAACAAAUGAAUGAUCAGCAGCAAAUCCAGUGGAAACAGUUUUAUAAUUUGGCGGGUGGGUCUAGUAGUAGUUAUUGUAAUCAAGUUCUGAUGUCCACAGACAAGGGUUUGUUAACAUCUAUGCCCAAAGAAUCAUUGCCAACAACGGCUCCAGACCCUGAUGUGAUGAAACCUCCACCUAUUAAGCAUAACAUUGAAUGCUCUGGUGCCUUUUCUGCCUAUUUAAAUUGUGAUGCUAAUGGCAUCAGCCCAAAUAAUGGACAGUUCGGAGAUAAUCGGUCAAAAAUAUUAUCUACAUCUAGUUUUUCUCAGUUUUUUGCCAGGAAAUCUUUGAAAGGCAAGGAUGUGCUGUCUAAACGCCCCGAACCUUCUGCUGAAUUUCCUUCUGCCAUAGUCAUGCAGGAAAAGAACAACCCAGCUUCUUUAAGCAGGACAGCUACUAAUUUCUUGUUGAAUCAAGGGUCUACUUUUCAAGCUCCAUUACAUUGUCAUGAUGGUGCAGGACCUAAACUAUCACAAAAUGAAAUUAACUUAAGAGAAUGGUUAUGCUCUCGAGGUUCCGAGAUAAAUAAAGAUCACAGAUUGCACCUAUUCCGGAAAGUUGUGCAGUUGGUGGAUAUUGCUCACUCCCAAGGGAAUGUCUUCCUUGAUUUACGGCCUUCCUGUCUCAUUUUACAUUCAUAUGAUGAUGUUAAAUAUAUUGGUUCAACAGUCCAGAUAGGAUGUAUGGGUCUGGGAAACCAGAACAUGAUGAGGAAAAGACUACCAGAGCUGGAUAAGCACAUCAGCAAUAGUAGGGGUGCAAAGCAGCAAAAACUCCAUGAGGUACAGUGUAAUAGUGAAAGGAAUUAUUCGUAUCGUGAAGGUUCAUCUAUUGAGGCAGAUUGUCUAUUGGAGUCUGACUUCGUUCGGUUGGAAAAGAGGUGGUAUACUUCCCCAGAGGAGCUGGAUGACAGAGUCCUUGCAUCAUCAAAUAUUUACAGUCUUGGGGUGCUUUUGUUUGAGUUGCUGUGCCAUUUUGAAUCACCAAAGGUGCAUUCCGCAGCAAUGAUGGAUUUACUCCAUCGGGUUCUGCCUUCACAUUUUCUCUGUGAAAAUCCAAAGGAAGCUGGAUUUUGCUUUUGGCUACUUCAUCCUGAAUCAUCUGCUCGUCCAACAGCAAGGGAAAUCUUACAGUCUGAAUCAAUUUCUGGAUCCAAAGAGAUACACCAAAGAAAUAAUGAGCCAUUAGCUGCUGAAAAGGAAGAUGACCCUGAAUUAGAACUCUUACUUUAUUUUCUUGUUUCGUUGAAAGAACAAAGGGAUAGCCAGAAAUCCAAGUUGUUACAAAGCAUAGAAUGUUUAGAAGCUGAUAUCAAGGAGGUUGAAAAAAAGGACACUUUGAGAACUUCAUAUUGGAGGCACCAAGGCAUCCUGGAUGCACAGCAUAGGCCCCAUUGUAAAGAUAUGAAAUCUUCUUCUCUUUCCAAAUCAUUCUCUAUAAAGACUUUUCUUGAGGAGACGGUAAUGAAAAAUAUCAGUCAGUUUGAAAAUGCUUACUUCUGCAUGAGAUCACAAUUCCAACUUACUGAAACUGAUCUCAAGGGAAGAUCAGACAGGGACUUACUGAGAAGUCGUGAGAAGUUGUCUCGUGUUCAGACUAACAAUGAGGAGCCCAGCAUUGAGAGAAACAAUGUAAAUCGAGUUGGGGCAUUCUUUGAAGGUAUUUGCAAGUUUGCUCGAUAUAGCAAGUUUGAGGAGUGUGGGACAUUAAGAAGUGGUGAUCUUUUAAAUUCUACAAAUGUUAUUUGCUCCCUAAGUUUUGACCGUGAAGAGGAAUAUAUAGCAGCAGCCGGGGUCUCAAAGAAAGUCAAAAUUUUUGAGUUUGAUUCACUUUUGAAUGAAUCCGUGGAUAUUCAGUAUCCUGUGAUUGAGAUGUCAAACAGAUCUAAGCUUAGCUGUGUUUGUUGGAACAACUACAUCAAAAACUACUUGGCUUCAUCAGACUAUGAUGGUGUGGUGAAGAUGUGGGAUGCAAGCACGGGUCAAGGAUUUUCACAUUAUAUGGAGCACCAGAAGAGGACUUGGUCUGUAGACUUUUCUUUAGUUGAUCCAACCAAAUUUGUCAGUGGGAGUGAUGAUUGUUCUGUAAAAGUGUGGAACAUUAAUGAGAGGAAUUCUGUGGCUACAAUCUGGAGUCCUGCCAAUGUAUGCUGUGUGCAGUUUUCUGCUUACUCCACGCAUCUAUUGGCUUUCGGGUCUGCUGAUUACAAGAUCUAUUGCUAUGAUCUUCGACAUACAAGGAUUCCUUGGUGCACAUUAGUUGGCCAUGGAAAAGCUGUUAGCUAUGUGAAAUUUUUAGAUUCUGAAACCCUUGUUUCUGCAUCCACUGAUAAUACACUAAAGCAAUGGGACCUCAAUAAGACCAGCUUGGAAGGAUUCUCUGAUAAGGCUUGCUCCUUUACCUUUAGUGGACAUUCCAAUGAGAAGAAUUUUGUAGGAUUAUCUGUUCUUGAUGGAUACAUAGCAUGUGGUUCAGAAUCUAAUGAAGUAUAUGCUUACUAUAGAUCUCUGCCAAUGCCAAUUACUUCUUAUAAAUUUGAAUCUAUCGAUCCUAUCUCUGGCGAUGAGAUCAUUGAUAAUAACGGACCGUUUGUUUCAAGUGUUUGCUGGAGAAGGAAAUCUAAUAUGGUUGUUGCUGCCAACUCAACUGGAUGUAUUAAGCUGUUGCGUUGGUCUAAUUAAAAGCCCAUUUAACUUACAUUGUUUUCAUCAAUUGUUCCCUGGGUUUUUACUCUAGCAGAGUUGCAUAAACUAAGGUUGCACAAGUUAAGCUUUCGACGAUAGAGCAAAGUCUGUAGUCAGAGGAUCCAGGACUUGUGCACAGACCGCUUCAUUGUCGUCUCUUCUGUAAAAUGCUCCUUAAGACCAGGUUGGAGUUUUUCCUAGAUGUUUUUAUUGUGAAGCUGGAAGAGACGUAAGUGAUAUGUGAAGAAAUGCAGCCAUCUGUUUUGUACUGUUUUGUUUUCGGGAAUAAAGAAGGAUUUACAAGUGAAAAACGAGAGCUGCUCUCCAAGAUUAUUUUUGUAGUUAAGUCUAUAAUGCGUAUUUCUGCAGAUAAAACUGAAAGUCUUUGGAGCUUUGCAUUGCAAGGACUUCCAUUACAUGUGACCUCCAGAACUCUUUCAAUUCUACAUGUCUAAAGUCUAGAGUAUAAGAUCAGUAUUUUUGUUUACCAAAUGAUGUCUGUAUUCAAGAUGUUCUUGCAUUCUUGCACUUUUGAUCGAUUGUAAAGCAGAACUAAUUCAAAUUCAGUGUUUGAAAUCUAUUCUCUGUUCAUAAUCUGCUUCUCCACUAAACCCAAUUCAUAAAUUUGAUGCUUUUUAUGUAUUA